ACUCUUAAUUUUAUUUUAUAAAAAAAACAUUUAAAAGCAACAAAACUAAUUUAAAUAAUAUUGACUUUUCUCUAAAAUAUUUCAACUUUAAUAGAAUUGAACCAACAAAAUGAAUAAAAGAGCCAAAGAUGCAGAAUUAUUAAAAAGACGCAAGCAAGUUCGAAUGCGCUUUCGAGCUCUCAUUCGUAUGGUUAUCUUCAAUAAAUCAUGGCUGCAGGACAUAGAGGAACAAAAAAUCUCAACGAAUAUCAAGAAAAAUAUUGCCAUGUUGGUGCGACAGGAGAGAAAAAUUGGAAUUCUAACUAUGGCUGAGAAAGCACUUAUUCGAACGCCUGUUUGGAUGAGAACAGUUGAAGAUAGAAAGAAAUUGGUUAACUUAAUGCUCAAUUUAACAUGCUUUGCAAAAUUUCCUCCGAAAAUAAGAGCCCGCCUUUCAACGGUUGUAAAAUUUAUUUACCUUAAUCCUGGACGUACAAUCAUUAAAGAAGGCUGUGAACCUGUUGCUGUGUAUUUUAUUUUGACUGGAGAGGUUGAAGUCACCCGUACCAUUUAUGAUCCGGACAAAAAGAAGUACGAAGAAAAACUCGAUUACAUUAGUGGUCCUGGAGAUUGUAUUGGAGAAAUUGAAUUAAUUGAACGUUGCCUCAGAGAACAAACAUGUAAAGCUACAAACGAUGUGGAACUCUUGAUUGUUUACGAGGAGGAUUUUGAUCAAAUUCUUCGUCCUUUUAUGGAAAAACAAUGGCAAGAGAAGAAAAUCGCUCUGGCAGCGUUUGAUUAUUUCAAAGAUUGGAAUUUACAUCAGAUAGUUUAUGCUUGUAAAGUUGGAUUAUUGAAGCAAUAUGAACCAUUGGAGACGAUUUAUUAUGAAGAUAAAGGACCUUUGAGCUAUGUCCAUUUUGUGAUUAGUGGUCAGUGUAUGAUUUUGCAGUGUUUGAAGAUGAAGGUUAGUGAGAAAGGAAAAAAGAAAUCAUACAGCCUUUUGGAUAUUCAAGACGGAGAGUCUUCAUUGAUGUUUAGUGUUCUGACUAAUGAAGAGAUUUUGAAGAAACUCAAUAAAUCUAAGACAGAAGGCAGAAUAGAUGGAGCUGGUGGCGAUGAUGAGUCGGUUCGUUCUUCAUUGGAUUCAGAAGAAGAUCAAAAUGUGGAUGAGGAAGUGGCUGGAGUUUAUAGAAAGGCCCGCAAAUCCGACUACAAAAAAUACGCCCUAAUGUGCGGUGUAGACCUUAGUACAAAUGUCAACGAGAGAAAAGACUCAAUUCCCAUUUACGAAGAAGCAAUAAAUCGUUUAUCAAUAAAAUCUCUAAAUUCCCAACAACAAAGAAGGUCGACAACCUUGAGCACAUCAAAACAAGAACCCUCUUCUUUGACUACAAAACUUGAAAGUCACUUCAUAGACGUUGGAUCCCUCACCUAUGGCGGAAUCUUUGGCUUAGGCGAACAACUUGAACAUCGUGUUAUUAUGGCACGAACAACAGUUCAAUGUCUACUCAUACCACGUUUUUGGCUCCUUGAAAAGGAUCAAAACCCCGGAAAUAUCUGGCAACGUAUGCGAUUCUAUUUAGACUCAACAAUUCCGUCACGUGAAUUACUGUUUCAAGAUUUUCUUGCAACACGCAAGUGGCAACAAUUCAAAAAGAAACUUAUAGCCCAAACACUUGACACUACUACAAAAGUUGGUAAUCCAACUAAAGUGCAAGACAUUCCCAUCAUAUGUCGCAUUGUUGAAGCUAACGAUGAUGAUGAUAACUUCAAAUAAUGGCGGUGGUGAUGGGGAAUAUAUAAAAAAUAAAGAAAAAUAAAAUAAAAAAAACUUUUCUGCGUGCCAUGGAAAUGCAACAAAUUGCCAUUAAAAUGGGAAUACAAAUAAAAUUC